AUGAAGUUUACUCUGUUACUGUUGGCUCUUGGCUUUUCUCAGGGGCUGCAGCACAACUACAUCGAUGAAGUCGACGAGAAGACCGAGACUGAGCGCGUCGUCCAGGCCUCUAAAUACGGCUCCCUGUGGCCUCUGCCGCAGAAAGUGCAAAUCCAUGAGGUUUCAUUCAAGUUAACCAGCUUCAGCUUCAAAAUAGUUGACGCCAAAGAGUCAUCCGCCGGGCCGAGCUGCAGCCUCCUGCAGGAUGCGUACAGGAGAUAUUAUGAGUACAUAUUUGGCAAUGCUAAAAGGCUGGAGCUGAGCAAAGGCAGGCGAUCAGGUCCCUCUGAGCUGACAGAGUUGCAGGUGUGGAUCACAUCAGCUGACUCUGAAUGUGACGGAUACCCCGGUGUGGCUUCUGAUGAGUCAUAUGAGCUGUCAGUGGAUCAGCCGUAUGCCGUCCUGAAAGCACCGAAGGUCUGGGGAGCGCUGCAUGGUCUGGAAACUUUCAGCCAGUUGGUGUUUGAAGACGACUAUGGAGCCAAAAGCAUCAAUUCAACAGCAAUUAGUGACUUUCCCAGAUUCGCACAUAGAGGCAUCUUACUGGACAUCUCUCGGCAUUUCCUGCCUAUUAAAGUCAUCUUGACUAAUCUGGAAACAAUGGCAAUGAACAAAUUCAAUGUUUUCCAUUGGCACAUUGUGGAUGAUCAGUCCUUCCCUUACCUGAGCCGAACGUUCCCACAGCUGAGCCAGCAGGGAGCUUACCACCCAUACACACAUGUGUAUACACCCGCUGACGUGAAGAUGGUGAUUGAGUUUGGCCGUCUGCGAGGCAUUCGUGUUAUCCCGGAGUUUGACACUCCAGGACACACACAGUCUUGGGGCAAAGGCCAGCCAGAUCUGCUGACACCCUGUUACUCUGGCCCCAAACCCUCCGGCUCCUUCGGACCUGUGAAUCCCAUCCUGAACACCACGUAUGACUUCAUGAGGCAGUUCUUCAAGGAGAUCAGCACCGUGUUCCCUGAUGCCUACGUUCACCUGGGAGGUGAUGAGGUGGACUUCACCUGCUGGAAGUCCAACCCGGACAUUCAGAAGUUCAUGGAGCAGCAAGGCUUUGGACAAGACUACAGCAAACUGGAAUCAUUUUAUAUCCAAAAACUCUUGAAUAUCGUCACCACCACCAAGAAGGGCUACAUGAUCUGGCAGGAGGUCUUUGACAACGGUGUAAAGCUGAAACCAGACACAAUUAUCCACGUUUGGAAAGGAAACCAGGAGCAAUACCAGAAUGAGAUGGCAAAAGUUACAUCAUCAGGGUACCAGACCCUGCUGUCCACUCCCUGGUACCUGAACCGUAUUUCCUACGGCCAGGACUGGAAGGGCCAUUACAAGGCCGACCCACAGGAUUUCACGGGAACUGAAGAACAAAAGAAGCUUGUGAUUGGUGGAGAAGCCUGUUUGUGGGGGGAGUAUGUGGAUGCCACCAACCUGACACCCAGACUCUGGCCUCGUGCCAGUGCCGUGGCGGAACGGCUGUGGAGCGCAAAGGACGUGACGGACAUCAACGAUGCUUUCAACAGACUGUCUGUACACCGCUGUCGCAUGGUAGAGCGUGGGAUCCCAGCUGAGCCGCUGUUUUCCAGCUACUGCCCUCGGGAGUACAAAGGUAUCUGAUAAUAACAACUGUGAGCACCUGAUGAUGGGAACAGAAAAGGGAAGCACAUCUAUACACAAUCACCUCCAUGCUUAUUGACUGCCUUUUUAAAGAUGUCAGUGUAUCAAUGCUUAGAGACACAUCCUUUUUAAAUCUGCUCUACAAAACUCUGAAUCACAUCCAAUGUCAGAAAUUGCUUGAAUUUAUAAAUGCACUGUUUUUAUGAAUAUUUGUAUAAUUGAUUGUGAAUAAACAAUUGACAUACUGUA